AUGCGAGUUCAAGGACAAGCAGGAAAACUAGGAAGUUCAUCAGCGAUAGUGGCGGUCACUGAUGAUGGUAAUAAACCUUGUCGUCUAUUCAUCUAUGGCCGUGAUACCGGACAACGCUUUUUUGUCGAUACGGGAGCGGAAGUCUCAGUCAUUCCUGCUACCCGUUUAGAUAAAACAAUUGAAUCGGAUAUCAAAUUAUACGCAGCCAAUGGAACUCGUAUCGCUACUUUCGGUCAGAAAGCUCUUAACCUCAACUUAGGUCUUAAACGUUCGAUUAGAUGGAUCUUCAGAGUCGCAGAUGUACCGUACGGCAUUGUUGGUGCUGACCUACUUUAUCGAUACCACUUGGUAGUUGAUAUUACAGAUCACCGGCUUAUUGACAUGAAAACUGGUAUUGGAUCAGGCGUUCCCUGGAGUUUUUGGACUACUAUACAUAAAGCUUCAGCAAAACAUGACGUUAUGCACUUCAUACCAACAACUGGGCCUCCAGUACAUGAACGACCUCGACGACUGACAGCCAACAUGCUUAAAAAAGCCCGAGAAGAGUAUCAGUUUAUGAUUGAUCAGGGUAUUUGCCGCCCUUGUAGCAGUCCCUGGGCUAGUGCACUUCACAUGGUGCCAAAAAAAGAUGGCGAUUGGCGACCUUGCGGCGAUUAUCGUCGUUUAAAUUAA